GAACGCACCCUAAAUCUCGAGAAAGAGAGAAAAACCAGUGCAAGGCGGUAGAAAUAGCGAGAGAGAACAGAUCACACUCCUUGAACUAGUGCAGCCAGUCCAGGAACGGGAGACGAAUCCUUCUUAUAUUGCAGAUCAUGUUGGACGAAACAUGAAGCUCUUCAAGCUAAUAGUACAUCAGAAAAAUUUUAGCGGAGAGGAUUUGAUAAUUAAUCCUAAAGAUUAUCCCGGCAUAAAAACUGGCGAUGUUGUUGAAAUCUACCAUCCGGAGGAUGAAUUUAGUCGCCUGCUGUUGCAAGUCACCUCCUUCAAGGAGGAUCUUCAAGGACGCGAAACUAUCAGUGUGGAAAAUAAUGUAGCGACAAUGUUCCAAUUGAGAACGUUUGCAGAUGUAUAUAUGAACAUAGUAAAUCCAGAAGACGUAGCUCUGGAUUCUAUAGAGCUAACUUUCAAGGACCAAUACAUGGGACGUAGUGAGAUGUGGCGUCUGAAGAACAGCUUGGUAAAUACUUGCGUUUAUAUCAAUAAGAAGAUAGAGUUUUGCGGCGGUAGUAUACGUUGCCAAGUGUAUGAGAUGUGGUCACAGGGUGACCGUGUUGCUUGCGGCGUUAUAACCGAUGACACCAAGGUGGUAUUUCGAUCUUCCACGAGCAUGGUGUAUCUUUUCAUCCAAAUGAGCUCUGAAAUGUGGGACUUUGACAUACACGGGGACCUGUACUUUGAGAAAGCAGUCAACGGAUUCUUGGCCGAUUUAUUUCAAAAGUGGAAGAAGAACGGCAGCAAUCACGAAGUGACGAUCGUAUUCUUCUCGAGAACAUUCUACAAUGCUACCAGCCUGGAGGAAUUCCCGAAUCAUAUGAGAGAGUGUUUGCAGCAUGAUUACAGAGGGAGAUUUUACGAAGAUUUUUACAGAGUUGCGGUACAGAACGAGAGAUUUGAGGAUUGGAGUAACGUUCUGGUGCAGUUACGCAAAUUAUUCACCGAUUAUCAAAAGAUAGUUUUGGAGUAUCACCAAAAAACAGAUGUUACUAUGCCGAAAGCGAUCAAUUCCACUGCCGCGCAGGGCAACUUUUUGGAAGUGUUAAACAUGUCCCUGAACGUGUUCGAGAAGCAUUACUUGGAUCGCAGUUUCGACAGGACUGGCCAGUUGUCGGUGGUGAUCACACCUGGUGUCGGAGUGUUUGAAGUUGACAGGGAGCUGACAAAUGUGACGAAGCAAAGAAUCAUCGACAACGGUGUGGGCAGCGAUUUGGUCUGCGUCGGAGAGCAACCCCUUCACGCGGUCCCCCUGUUAAAGUUUCAUAAUAAGGACUCUUCCGUGAACGCGCCGGACGACUAUAGCAUGCCUCACUGGAUAAAUCUUAGUUUUUAUUCGACAAAUAAGAAAAUCCCCUAUUCUACCUUUAUACCGCGAAUAAAACUGCCGCAAAGAGUGGCGAGGCAUUCGACGGAUAAUGGAAAACUACAUUGCAAAAGCAAGCUACUGCAGGAAGAUCCGCGAGAGUGUCUGCAUAAUACCUUAUUCGACUAUGACGCUUAUGACGCGCAAGUAUUUCAAUUGCCAACAGUUCAUACUUCAAGUGUGCAAAGGAUAAGUACAAGAACGAAGAAGACGAGUGUGGCGUGCCUCGAAACUCACAACAACGGCCAUUUGUUGAAACUGUUGAAACGUAAAAUGUCGGAUCCCGAUAUACAUCAUCCACCGCCUGAGACACAUUCACCGCCAGUUGUCGCGUUACGUAGCGCAGCGAUUACGAUACCGCAUAAAACAGACGACGAUAAUAAUGAAUCUAACGGCGAUGGGACCGGUACGUCCAGAACACCGGUCAAGAGUGAUUUAACAGAUUCGGAGAUAUCUCCGCCGUUUAGGCCUGUCGUCGGUAGUGCUGGUAGCCCAACAAACUCAAUUUCUCAACCAACAAAUAUACUUAGGCCUAGUAGAGCACUGAUCAAUCCUUUCGACCCAUCGCACGUUACCAUAAAACUUACCAGCAAUAGACGGAGGUGGACUCAUAUCUUUCCAAAGGGACCUACAGGCGUAUUAAUACAACAGCAUCACUAUCAAGCCGUUCCAACGCAGACAUGUUCGGAGACGCAAAACGAGGCUACCUCGUCUACUGUAAGUGGGUCUCCGAUGGAAGUAGGAACGAAUCAAAUUUCAAGAUCGGCAUCUCAAACAGGAUUUCAAGACACGAAAGGCAAGCCACUGCGAUCGAAUUCCUCGAUAACUAAUGGAGAUAAAGCUGGAAAUGCUUCUUCAGCUAUAGCGAAUAAGAGUUUGACUCUCUUAUGGGGUGCCACUGGCGAACAAGAAUGGACACCUGCUCUAACAACAGCAAUCAUAGGGGUCGACUGGAAGUCGCUAACGAUUCCCGCGUGUUUACCAAUCACUACAGAUUACUUUCCGGACAAGCGAAGUUUGCAAAAUGACUACGUCGUGUCGGAUUACAAUCUUCUGCCGGACGACGUUAAUGCCGAUUUCGCCCAACAACGAGCGAUAUACAAGAAACCGCUCACAACCACGGAAGUGUUCAAGGAACUGGUCUCACAACGCUUGGCUCAAGGUUUCCAGCUGAUCAUUUUAUCGCCGAUUAACAAGAAUCAAAGCAACGGGGCUGGCAGUAAUGCCGCGCCUGCAAUCAGCACGGUAAUGCGCGGCAGGCAGACCGAGUCCGAGCCCAAGGAAGAAUAUUUACUUAGCAUUGGCAGAAUCUUUCACAAGAUAUCUCUGUUUGAUAAUUCCAUCACAGUCACGAGAUAUCGUCCACGGCACCCUUAUCCGCCCUUCAAUAUACACUAUCGAUAUCGAUUCCACGCUCCACACCACGAUACGUACGAAGUGUCGUGGGUGUCCUUCACUACAGAAAAACUCGAAAAUUACAACUGGAAUUACUUGGACCACUAUAUAUGCACACGAGGCCAUACCGAUUUCUCUUUAGUGGAGGCUCUCAAGUACUGGCGAUUUCGAGUAUUUCUAUUACCACUGCACAAUUCCGCGACUCGCAAAAUCUUGGAAGGUUCAUCAAGGUGCGACAUAUACACUCCACCUAGUAAUACCGAGCAAGCGUUACUGAUGGAUGGCUUUCUACGUUUCAUCGAAGGAUGGCUGAACAAAAUACGACGGCCGAAUCCUAAUAAAAAUUGGAGCCCCACAGCUCUAGGUGGUGUUCCCCCAAGAGAUCCUGCCUCUCAUUUGACCAGACGCAGGCACAGCACGAGCCUGAUAUUCCUCACUAACCAGACCAGUCUAGUUGGCAGCUCUCCUUUCAGGGAGCGACUCGGAAGCAACCGUCUACCAGAGAAACCGAGACCAAGAUCAGGCUCCAAAGUAAUGGACAGAGGACGCGUAUCGCCUGCCAGUGAAGCUGUCCUGCCGUUAUCGAUCGAACAGCAGCAGCAACAACAACAGGAUCAUUUCGAUGUCAACGACGACAGUGUGAACAUGGAACUGACCAAAAUAAAAAGCACUGCGACAAACGUGGAAAUUCUAGAGGCUAUGAAGCACCAACAAACCGGUGUCGGCUUCCUAACGCAACAUCCCUCGCUCCCCAGUCAAACGUUUGUUAGCGCGGACGCGAUACAAUGGUUAAACAAUCACAUAGAAGGCGGCAUGGGGAUCGAGCAGGGUAUCAAUAUUAUGAAAAGUAUGAUUCAAGAUAAACUAAUAUGCCAUGCGUCCGGCGACUUCUCAAAGCCAUUUGUCCUGGGCUUUUAUCUGUAUCAUAUCGUGCACGAUAAGGAAAAUCAAAAGGCCGUAGAUUAUUCCGCCCCGCUCGGUGAUUUGGAAAGCUUCGAAAACGAGUGGGUGGAAGUGGAGAUGAGGCCGCCGAAAGGAUGGUGCGAACCGACGACAAUGUCAUCCCCCGUGACUAGUUGCGAUGCUAUCGAUGAAUCCAACGUUCCGCCCUUUCUGAGAGACAAUAUCGACUUGAUGGAGUCGAUGGAUGAUAAGAGUUGGACAGUGUACAAACAUACUCACCUGGAUAUUGACAUCAAUAAUAAAAGCGACAGAAUCGAAUGGGGCCACCUGAGGUACCAGUCCACCUAUAAAGUGGAUCACUCCUACGAACUCGUGGUGGAAUGGGUGACAUCGUCCGGCAGUAUAGCAGCCGAUCUGAUAUUCGUUUGGCAACGCAAGGCGCAAAUGUGCGGGAUACAGAUGGUGCCCGUUCCCAGCGAUCUAUUAGCACUGCCGUUUACUUUGAAGAGCGAUCCCCUCAGAGGGCCGAUCUUCAUACCACUCGACACGGAGUGUUUAAUGGCGAACAAACGGUAUCUUUUCGAAGAGUUCCGGGAGGACACGUACGCCCAAAGAUUGUUUCUGUUCCAAGAAGCGAUUUUGCAGAGAUUCGGCUUUGUACCGUGCUUAGUCGAGAACACCGAGAACGAUCAUCAGUACGUUCACAUCACCGGCAACGCGUUCAUAUUGGUACCGUCCACGGCGAGUACCCGACCGCGUCCGCGAACCGGCACCAACGUCGUUCGACGGAACACAGGACAGAAGAGAUAUCCGGUUCACCCGGACCAGCCUAGUCCGCACGAGGCGUACAUUACGAGGCACGUCAGUGGGAAAAAUAAGGAUGAUUACAGCAUGGACAGGAAGAUGGGCUUCCUCUGGUCCUGGAAUCAUAUGGUCAGUCGUAAGUGGAAAUCGCCAUCCACACCAGCGGGAGACGAGUUGUUUCAGAAGAAAAUCAUACAGGAUUUUCGACAUUUCUGCUCAAACGGAGACAACAGGCUCAAACAGUUUUGGGAGUCUUGCUGGGAGUUGAAGGAAAAAACUUGUACAAAAGCAAAGUAGAUGCGCAAGUGUUUUCGUUCGUCAUCUAAUUGCCGAAAAUACAAUUGCAUACUAUUAUUCAUAAAAGUAUGUACAAAUUCCUUGAUUGAAAUCGAUUAUUUUUAUGAGUGUCGUCUUUCGAGAAAGAGUAGAUGUAUACAUUGACAAAUAUAAUUUAUACGAGUAAUUA